GACAGAGGUGCACGUUGGUUGAUGAUGACGCAGAGAAGCAAAUUACACCACAGUGCGUGUGCUCCCUGCUUUUAGCUUUUUACCUUUCACUGAUAUUAUAAGCCACCUCUCUGCCUCUUCUAAACGAUGGUGUGGUGAAGCUUCGAACAUAUUUUUGCAGACACCAUUAAAUCCAUUUUAAUGUUUAUGCUAUUGUAAAUUUAGGUAGGACGUGCAUUUCUCAAAGGUUUUAUUGUUCCAAAGCAAUCCAGCUCAAAUCCCGAGCUGGGUUUGAUGCUUUAAUACAUUUAACUUCACCAUGAACGAGGAAGCCAUGGAUUGGACAGUGAUUACUGUUUGGUGGCAUUGAAGUUUUCUCUCAAGGAAUGAGCUUUUCCUCUGUAAAGGAGAUUAAUAGAAGCCUGGAAAAUGGAUACAAGAGUCAGGACAAAGCUGCAGUCCAUGAAAGCUCCAACCAAGAUGAAUGAAAAAGAUAUCAAGGUAGAAGAAAUGCUAGGGAGUAAAGAAAGGAAUACCACAAAGGCAAUCAGCCUUGGAAGAGCUUCAAGAAGAGAGAGAAAAUUGGCUUUACAACAAGAUGUUGAUAAGCUGAAGAAGAAGCUUAGACAUGAAGAGAAUGUGCACAGAGCUUUGCAGAGGGCAUUUAAUAGACCCCUGGGAGCUCUACCUCGUCUACCGCCUUAUCUGCCUCCUUAUACAUUAGAGCUUCUUGCUGAGGUUGCUGUUUUGGAAGAGGAAGUUGUUCGGCUUGAAGAGCAAGUAGUGCAUGUUAGGAAGAACCUAUAUCUGGAAGCUGUCAACAUAUCAACUUCCAAGAGGAGCUUAGAAACCUCAGCUGAAUUAUGUGAUUCACACCCUAAAAAGAAUCCUAAAUUUCAAGGUCGAAGAGUGGUCACUGAUACAGCGGUGAAGCAUUUGCCAUCCUCUUCUGAUCAUAAGCAGGGGAAAGAGAAUCAAUCAUGUGAUCCCUCAAUGAAGAACAACAAGAAAUCCUUGAUCCAUAGCAAUGCUCAGGUUAAGACUCCAGUGAAGAGACCUCCAAUUGAUAUCAAAAUAGCACAAAAGCGUUUAGAUUCUCCAAAACUACAGUUAGAAGUUAGAGUGACAGAACAAGACAGCGCGGAAGUAAGACUUCCUAGUAUUCCAGAAAAAAAUCUAUCUGGAGAUGACAGCCCAAACAGAAUAUCUGAAAAUAUUCUGAAGUGCUUAUCAAGCAUUCUCCUGAGAAUGAGUUCAGCAAAGGGCACUACAGAAAACCAGCCUUCCUUUUCAACAUUAGGAAUUCAAGAAAGCAAUGGAAGACCAGAAUUUUGGGAUCCUUACGGUAUCUGUUCAGAAUUUGGAAAGAGAGAUAUUGGUCCGUAUAAGCAAUUAUACUCAGUUGAAGCCCGUUCUAUUAAUCCUAAUCGAACAGCUAGCUCUUUGUUCCUGUUCCGAAGAUUGAAAUUACUGCUUGGGAAACUUGCCUCUGUAAAUUUGAAAAGCCUCAGUCAUCAAGAGAAGCUUGCAUUCUGGAUCAAUAUCUACAAUUCCUGUAUGAUGAAUGCUUUCCUAGAACACGGAAUACCAGAGAGGCCUGAAAUAAUUGUCGCACUAAUGCAGAAGGCAACUAUAAAUGUUGGGGGACACUUGCUCGAUGCAAUAACUAUAGAACAUUUUAUUUUGAGACUGCCGUAUCACUCAAAAUAUACCUUCUCCAAGGGUGCAAAGAAUGAUGAGAAGACAGUAAGAAGCAUUUUCGCAUUGGAAUUAUCUGAACCGUUGGUAACAUUUGCUCUAUCAUGUGGAAGCUGGUCCUCCCCUGCUGUGAGAGUUUACACUGCAUCCCAAGUUGAGAAUGAACUAGAAGUCGCAAAAAGAGAGUACUUACAGGCUGCAGUGGGGAUUUCAUCGAAUAAGUUUGCAAUUCCAAAGCUUUUGGAUUGGUACCUACCUGAUUUUGCAAAGGAUCUAGAAUCGUUGCUAGACUGGAUCUGCCUUCAGCUACCUAGUGAACUAGGAAAAGAAGCAAUCAAGUUUCUUGAAGGAGCCAAAACUGAUCCUCAUUCACAGUUUGUCCAAAUCAUGCCCUAUGAAUUCAGCUUUAGGUAUCUACUACACACAUGAAUCUGAUUGCUUGAUGUUAAGGGUGUUGGGUUGGGGUUGCCAUUUUGUACAGAGCUAUAGAUAUAUAAAUAUAUCAAUAUUACAUGUAUAAUACGUGGUUGUAUCUGCUCCUUCUUUUGACCUGUAAGUAAUGAUGAGAUGAAUGCAUUUUUGGGAUUUCACAUGCUAUACA